CAAUCACGAUCGACGGGAGGCGUGUCUUACACUCCGCUUUUCUGACUGUUUACUUCCGUCAAUAUUCAAAUAAAAGCAGAAAAUUAUCACCAUAACAAAGGAAUCACUGUUUUUGGAGCAGGUGGAAGAAGAUGCCUUUCUUGGGCCAAGACUGGAGAUCACCAGGCUGGAGCUGGAUCAAAACUGAGGAUGGCUGGAAACGCUUUGAAUAUUUCAGCCACAACUUGGGAGAUAACAUCAAUGAACUUGGCUUGGAAGAAUUGGACAACGACAACAAGGAGAACGUCUACAUGGGAGAUGUCUGUGAAGUAGCUGCCAAGAAGAGAAAAAAGGACUUUUUCAACAACAACACUAAGUCACAGUUUUUGUUCCAGGAGAGGUGGAUCUACGUUCAGAAGGAGAGUACGAGAGAGAGACAUGGGUACUGUACGCUUGGUGAGGCCUUCAAUCGUCUGGACUUUUCCAGUGCCAUUCAGGAUGUGCGGCGAUUCAACUAUGUUGUCAAACUUCUCCAGUUGAUUGCCAAGUCCCAGCUGACGUCUUUGAGUGGAGCUGCUCAGAAAAACUAUUUUAAUGUCCUGGAGAAGAUUGUGAGAAAAGUUCUGGUUGACCAUCAGAACCCUCGACUGAUCAAGGCGUUGCUGCAUGAUCUAAGCUCCACCCUCUGCAUCCUCAUCCGAGAAGUUGGGAAGUCUGUGCUGGUCGGCAACAUCAACAUUUGGGUCUGCCGUUUGGAAACCAUCUUAAUCUGGCAACAGCAGCUCAACAAUUUGCAAAUUCCAAAGCAAGUUUCAAAUGGGAUGACACUGAGCGACCUCCCUUUGCUCAUGCAAAACAACAUUUUGUACAAGUUUACUGAUGCCUGUGACAUCAUCAAUCUGGGACAAGCCACACCAACUCUGCACAUGCUCAGUGAGGACCGGCAACUGUGGAAAAAACUGUGCCAGUUUCAUUUUGCUGAGAAACAGUUCUGCAGGCACUUGAUUCUGUCAGAGAAGGGCCAUGUGGACUGGAAGCUGAUGUUUUUCACACUUCAGAAAUACUACCCUCAGAAAGAACAGUACGGAGACACUCUGCAGUUCUGCAGGCACUGUAGCAUCCUCUUCUGGAACGACAGGCACCUGGCUUUGAUCUUUAAGGACUCGGGACAUCCUUGCACGGCCAACGAUCCCGACAGCUGCCUCACCCCCGUCUCUCCCCAGCACUUCAUAGACCUCUUUAAGUUCUGAAAUUCAGAAUGUUCUCGGACCUCUCGCCUUCCCAUCUCCUCUGGAACACCUGCAAACAAACACCUCUAACCAAGACUCUGAACCUUUUUCCACUCUGUGCUCCAACCGUGUCAACCAUGUUUCUUCUCCUUUACGUUUCCCAGACGGUUGUUUUAUGAUUAAAAAGUGUGAAAGUUCAAUCCUCUGAGUCUGACAAUGUAACGAAUGAUCGAAUUUUCUCUUGCCUCGCUCAAAUUUUAAGGGCUUAUCAUGGAAAGAUGUCAUAAUAUUAGUGUUAAUUUCUUUUUCUUGUUCCCCGUUGUGUUCAUCUGUUCUUCGAGCACGCGAAAAGAGGCGGGAUAUGGGAAGGAUUGUGUGUUAAAAGCAAAAAAGCGAAACAAACCUGCUUUUGGGAAAGACGAACUGAUGGGAAAAGCGUGGGAGAUCCUGAGCGGAGGUUAUCUUGUCUUUUCGUGGAUGUAUUUUCAUUUCUGUACCGAUGGAAUGCACGUCAGAAAUAGUCGUAGGUUAAUGUUUAUGUGAGUUCUUGUGUUGUCUUGUCGUGCUGUGCGUAUGUAUUUGAUGCGUCAACACUAAAGUCUACAUUUGCAUUUGCUGCACAAAACAACUUUUUACGAUACACUUUUGUUAAGUCUGUCGUGAGGGCAGAUGGAAAAUCUAAUGUAAGCUUUGCUAUUUAUGAACAAAUGUAUUUUAUAUCCUUUCUCUGAACUUUGUAAUAUUCCUUUACUAUUACUCUAAUAUAAAUGUUAUUGAAAUGGCUGCUGAACUGUAGGAUGUGUUUGGUACUAUCAAGCAUUUGCCAGAAAUAUUAUCUAAAAUUAAAACUUUUGAAAAAAAACCAAAAA